AUGGACAGUAACGAGAGUCCGCAACGCAAUCGUGAUGCAGACGUCAGAAGAAAUGCGAGCUCGUCGAUAAAUCGUAGAUUUCCCAACUUCCCUUAUCAUCCUUGUCGAGGGCAAUCAAAUGUCUCACGGGCACACGGUCCUUCUCGUGAGCCAAUUAUGCAUGGACGCGGUUUUUCACAUUGUCCUUCACGCAGUGAUGAUGCCGAAUCAAGAACGGAUAAUGAUGAUCUGUCAGCUCGCAGUAAUGAAUCUCGCGAUUCACUUGAAGAUUAUCUUCAGGACCAUGAAAGUGAUCGGGAAUUUAGGGAUGAGUUGAGUGACGCAUCGGCGUCUUCUCCAUAUAAUGAUUCACCACCUGAUUUUGACACAUACAAUUUCUACGAAAGUUUACCAAGCUCAUCUUAUCGUCAUUGCCAAGAUAAUGAAAUGGAAUCAAGAGCCGAUUAUACCGGUUCGAUCAGUCGCAUUGAAUCUGGUGUGCCCAUAGAGGAAGAACGAGAUCGCCGAACUCAAGGUCAGCGUAGAUUCCAAUAUCCAAGGUCCGAUUUGCAACGCCAUCGUCAGAGAGGAUCUGAAUUCCAAUAUAGUUGUCACCGAGGAGGAUACGAGGCACAAUCUUAUCGUCAACAUACCUUUAAUUCGCCUCUUCGCGGUCGCGAACGUCAAUCCCAUCAUGGUUCUCAUGAGGAAGAAGAAUCCAUUAUCCGUCGUAACCACGACGCCACAGAAUCUGCGUUAGAAGAAGAAGAAAAUACCUUCCGCUUUCGAUCUAGAAGCUUUCAUGAUGAGGACGCAACUGAUAGCUUCUGCGAUGAACCCUGUGAAGACCGUGAAUACGAUGGAAUGCAUCAAGAUGGUAGUCCCACUUUUCGCACUAACCGUAGAAGUCAUCAUAUUUUCCAAGGAGCCCCGCAAUCCAAUUGUGGUGAAGAGCGCACAGACAAUUCGAGUGAAAGUUGUUCCAGGACGUCACCUGAAGAAGAAGUAGAACAUAAUCUAUUAACAGACAAAGACCUCAGCAAAAAAAUGGAAGAAUGUUUAUUAGACGAUUCAAUAUCGACUAAAAAUGUGGAAUGUACGCUGAAUGUGAAAUCAAUUUUUUGCACAAGACCAGAUAAAAUGAUACAAGACACCACUCUCGGAACGAAAACGAUUGUUCAAACAAAUUACCUUCGAGUCUACCCGCCGCCGACCGACAUUUUUCUCAAUAUUUAUAAUGUCACAGUUACAAAAAUUGGGAAAACUGGAGAAAACCUGCUCAAAAAAAGACAACACAUUUCACUAAUGUUCUGGAAAUGCGUUGAACAGUAUCCAGACGUAUUUCCACCAUACGAGGAUAUGCUAUUCAACGACAGUAAUAUGCUCUGGACAAAAAGGCGAACCAAAGCAAAUGACUAUAAGACUUGUUAUUCUGUGUAUAAUGAAAUGAAAAUGCGAAUUGGAGUCGUUACAUUGACAUAUCUUACCGCUGCAAAAUUCACUGUAUCUCCGAAAUUUCAAAGCGAUGAAGAGAAGAUGUUGCAAUUGAUCGAUCUAAUUGUUACCGCAAGAAACCGAUGCAGCUUAAAAGAAGAUGCCUCGCAUUUCUAUACAAAUGGUAAAAAUACUUUCAUCGUUGCUGGAUGUUUGCAGAAAAAUGAAUUUUCUAUUCCGAUGCAGUUUUACGUCGGUGAUAGCGUUGAAGGUUGGAGAGGGAUGCACUUCGCCGUGAGGCCGAAUCUCCGUGGAGGAAUUCUCGCCAAUGUUGACCUUGUAUCAUCAGCGUUUUUUUGCUCGGGCUAUCCGAUUAUCAAUCUCAUCGUUGAGUAUGCAUGUGGGCAACAUACAAAUUUGAUACCGGGAAUGAUGGAAAACCUUCAUAAAUACGAGAUGAGUGAAAAAAAUAGGAAAAAUCUGACGUAUAUUCUUGAAGGAAGGAAAUUAAGGCUAACUUAUCGGAAAAAGACAAUUAAGUUUGGCAUGCUUACGGAUGAAACAGCAAGUACUUUAUUUUUUGUCAAUGAAGACAACCAACGGGUGUCCAUCGCUGACUAUUUCGAAUCGAUCGGACUGAAAUUGAAAUAUCCAAAUUUACCAUGUGUCGUGCCAGCCAGUUCAAGUUCAAGAGGUCCUAUUAAACCAACUUAUCCAAUGGAGUUUCUGACAACCACGGAGGAUAUUAAGAAGUUCAAUCGACCGCUCACCGAAAAACAGAAAGUUGCCUAUAUUGAUAAUGCUGCUUUGCCUCCACAAAAGCGUUUGAUGCUUAUUCGGGAAAUGACGAACAAGGAAUGUGUCAUCGAGAAAAUUAAAAAGAAAGAGACGCAAGCUUCCAAGGAUAGGAGAGUGGCGAUGGAAAUAAGAAAUAGAAUUUUGGUCGAAAAAGAAAAAAGGAAAGAAUUCAAUGGGAAUGACGAGAGCCCUUCGUCGGGUUGUUAUGUUGGACUAUCAGCGAGUGCUGAGGGACCAUCAGCUAGUACUGAGCAAUUACUUCUAGACAUUCCAAAAGCCGGAAGCUUUCCACCGUUUAUUGAUAAUACUGAUCAGUGGAUGACGAAUUUCUCUACAGAAAUCGAGAAGAAAUUUCUUACCGCCAAAGCAACAAUUCUCCCAGUUCCGGCCUUAAUUUUCGGAAAUAGCCGUUUUUAUGAUGGAAGUUAUCGCGGAGAAUGGGGUACUGGUCCUGAGCAGCCUGUUCGUAAAGUAAAAGUGGUUGCAACUCAAGGGAAAAAGACGAAGACAAUUGUCCCAGCAAUACUUGUCAUUCAAGAUCCAUACUCAUCUGUAAAUGUUGUGCAUGACACAAAUUUGCCCCGGGAACAGGCGAAGCUGUUGCUCAACAAAAUCAAUGAAUAUGGACAACCGGUGUAUUAUACAAAUGGGGAGCCAAAUAUUCUUUGUUCGACAACUUUCAAUCAGGCGACCCAACCGCUGGCUCAUCUUGUUUCGUUCUUAAUGUUCUUCCGCGAAAAAGUUGCUGAGAUGGUGACUGAGGACAAAAUUGGGGUACCAUUUCUUCUGUGCAUCUACGCAAAUAAAACAACAAAUUAUAAUUCGCUACGGGAUAAAUUUGCCCCAGAUUAUGCAAUAAUCAAAUCACUUUGUGACUGCGAAAUUGGAAUAUACAAUCAAGGAAUUUUAUAUGAGACCUAUAGAACUUUAGACGAUGUGUCCCAAAAUGGAACCAUAAAUAAUUUGGUGCGAAAGAUGUUGGCAAAAGUAGGCGCAGUUCAAUAUGUUCUGGAGCACGGUGGAAGCCAUAAAAAUUGGACAAGGUUGACAGAUCCUUCUUCUCCAACUAUGGUAAUGGGCAUAGACAUAAGUCAUCCUUCAGCGGAAGAGCGUCUAAACAAGGAAUCGCUCGAUUCUUUAUCGAUUGCCACAAUUGUUUCGAAUGUCGAUAUUGAGAUAUCCCAGUUCCGGGAUUCAUCACGUGUUCAGUUCCCUGAGGAAGAAAUGGUUGUGGACAUGGUCGAUGAAAUGAAGAUGAGAAUUCUAGAUUUCAUUAAUCAUUCUGAAAAGAUCAUGUCCCAUAUUGUCAUCUAUCGAGAUGGAGUAUCAGAGAGCAUGUUCGAGAAGAUUUUUUCUGAAGAAAAAGAAGCUCUUGACGCAGCCAUCCGGCAGCUACGUCCAUACUACAAAGCUCUCAAUCCGACAAUAACAUACAUCAUGGUCAAUAAAAGGCAUCACACGCGUUUCUUUGCGACUAAAGAAGAGGACACAUCAGGAAGUGUCGAUAAUCUGAAGCCAGGAACUUUGGUUGAAGACGUGAUCACAUCCAACAAGUACUUUGACUUUUUCCUUGUUUCGCAGCUGGGAAAGCUGGGAACUUCAAAACCUGCACAUUAUUACGUGCUCUAUGACGAUUGGAAACCAAGCCAUGCAUUUUGGCAGACUAUCACACAUGCUCUUUCUUACAAUUAUGCCAGUUGCUCAAAUACGAUCUCACUGCCAGCUCCAUUAAUGUACGCUCACGUUGCAGCUAAAAAAGCAAAAAUGCGUGCUCUCGGAAGCCGAGUCGUCCAAAAGUAA